AUGGCGCAUCACAGCCUUUUCUUGCGUAUCCUCUACCGGUCCAUCUACCUCUUCCUCUACGUGGUGCUUUGCGGCCUGCUUCUUAUUACUCCGGGCGACGCCAUCCAGCGAUCCGUGGAAAACAAGCAGUGGUACAACAUCUGGAUCAUCGCGUCGGGCUACGUCGUCACGGUCUUCAUCGUCGCCUUCAUCUACAUUGUGCGGCUCUACGUUAAUCGAACGGUGCUGGCGUCGAUCCCGAAGUCAUGGGUGCCCGUCGACAAGGGCGAUGUCAAGGAGGCGGUUUAUAAGAUGGUUGGGGCUGGGCUGAGCAAGAGCUCGGCCAUUGCGUAUGCGGCGCGGCCCAGAGUUGACGAGGAGAUGAUGGGAGACGAUCGGGAUGAAUACGAGGACGAGGACGAAGCGCGCACGCGGGCACGAUUGAUGUCGUGGAACGAGCAUGCGCUGGACAGAGACGAACCGACGCCCAUGCCGCCGCAUCGUCCUGUCUGGGGCGUCAUCGAGCACUGCGGCUGGGCGUCUCCGAACUCGCCGGACCUUGCCAACCUGCAGUACAACGACGUCAUCAACGAAUUUCCGAAUCUCAUAGAGGCGCAAGCGCUCCGACUUGCGCCGCCGGACCCUGCCUCUCAAUCCAACCCCCCGAUGCUGGACCCCGAAGCUGCAGAAUUGCUGCAGAGGCUUCCCAGCAUGAGCCUCCGAGACUACUUUGCCCAUCUGACUAGUCUCGGCGUUGCCGUCAUGGACGAGACGGUGGCCGAAUUCCUAUCAAAAUAUGAAGCGGCUCGUUUCUCGACGAAGCCAAUCUGCAAUGCUGGAUUCCGUGAGCUUAUGGAUCUCUUUGCGGAAAUCUUGCGAUCGAUACAGCCUCUGGACCCGGUGGUCCUAGAUCACAUAUACGAAGACGAAGACGAAGAUGAAGAGGAGAGAGAGAGGAUGGUUAGAAGAGGAACAAUUGGGUUCACGCAGAUGCGACGCACUUAUACUUCCAGCCAACACUCGACAACCGUCAGCCUGCGGUCUAGGUCCUCGGAUGGCUCAGGAUCCGUCAUCCGUCUGGCAGACAGUGGGGAUGCAAGCGACUUGCCAUAUAUUCUCUCCCUGACGGAAUCGACGGCGACGCGAUAUUGA